AUGCAUAUUAUAAACAGGGCAUUACUUGUUAAAUUAGCCUGGAAGCUCUGUUCUGACAAGACAUCUAUUAUGUUUAUAUAUUUACAAGCAAAGUAUUUUCCUGAUGGUGAGAUUUUCGAUCCAGAGAAAAAAUAUAACUCCACUUGGUCAUGGAACAGUAUUAAUUCUGAACUCCAGUUCGUGCAAAAAUUCAGUUGUUCGUAUACUGGUAACGGUGAAAGUAUCUAUAUUUGGAAACAUAUGUGGAUUUCAGAGAUACGAGGUCCUCCACAGCCCAAGAUAGUUUGUCUCAUUAAUCACAACUAUACUUUCGUUAAGCAGCUGAUUAAUGAUGAUAAUGCAACCUGGAACAUAAAUCUUCUUAAGGAGUUGUUUGAUCCGCCUAUAGUUGAACUCAUUCUUCAUAUUUUUAUUCACCAGAACUGUGAUGAUAAGCUUGUCUGGUUGCUUGAGAAGAACGAAUGUUUUUAUGUUAAAUCCUGCUACAGAAAGAUGUAUGAAGAGAUUCAUAUUCCCCAAUCAGUUGGCCCUCGUCUUCAGAAAAUUUACACUAAGCUGUGGAAAGUUCCAAUCUUACCAAGAAUACUUCAAUUCAUAUGGAAAGCAAUAUCUGGUCUUCUUCCUACAAGAAUGGCUCUGGGACAAGCAGUUGUUGGUGACAAUGAUUUACGUGCUCUAUGUGACCAACACUCAGAAUCUGCAACUCAUCUUAUUAUGGAAUGUUCUUUCUUUAGACUUAUUUCUGAACAGGAAGUGGUAAAGAGAAGCAUUAUAUCUUGGUGCAUAUGGACUGUCAGAUGUGAAAAAGUUUUCCAACAGUCCAAUCCGAACCCUGAGAGAACUAUUCAAAAAUGCAGGUUACUUAUUGAAGAGCACGCUUCCAGAAAGUCUUAUAUGCCUAAGACGAUGCAGGGUGUCAAUCGUAGAAACUUGUAUUGGAUUCCUCCUCCGCUUAAUUAUGUUACUAUAAACUGUGAUGGCUCUUUUCUAGAUCAUAAUAAAUAUGGAGGCAUUGGACUAAUAAUCCGUAACUAUGCAGGUGAACAACAAGGAGCGCGGUGCAUCCACUUAAAGAACAUCAGAAGCGCAGAGAAAGCUGAAUGCAUUAGAUUAUGGGAAGCUGUGAAAUGGGUUAAAGAUUUACAGUUGGAGAAUGUGCAGUUCGAUCUUGAUGCCAAGGUGGUGGUGGAAGCUGUCAAUAAAGACAAUAACUAUGUUGAUUGGAUAUUGCUUAAUUACAUCAAAAACAUUAAGUCAUUUUUUUCUAGUUAUAGCUCUUGGAAGUGUUACUACAUUCCCAAAGAAAGAAAUAAAGUUGUAGAUAUCCUUUCUAAACUAUCUAGGAAGGAAGAAUUAUCUAUGUCAUGGACUGAAUCUACACCUGUUGUGAUCAGAUCCCAAUUGCUUUUAGAUUCCACUCAUGUAACAGAUGAUCAAAUGCAAUAA